AUGACUAAUUUAUUUUCACUACCAGGUACCAGCAGUGCAGAAGUGAAGGAAAACCGUAAUGUGGGCAACCUGGAGACAAAACCGCUACCCCCCAGUGACAGGGCGAGAGCAAGUGCACCCAGUAUAAAAAGGAAAAGACCUUUGGAGGAAGGAAAUAGCGGUCAUUUCUGCAAACUGCAGCUGAUCUGGAAAAGACUUUCGUGGUCAGUAACACCAAAGAACGCUCUGGUCCAACUCCACGAACUAAAGCCAGGCUUGCAGUACAAGAUGGUCUCCCAAACUGGUCCUGUUCAUGCACCUGUCUUCGCAGUGGCUGUGGAAGUCAAUGGAGUUACCUUUGAGGGCACGGGGCCCACCAAAAAGAAAGCCAAGAUGAGGGCAGCUGAGUUGGCAUUGAAAUCCUUUGUCCAGUUCCCUAAUGCCUGCCAAGCUCACUUUGCCAUGGGGAACAGCAUGAGCCCAUCCACAGACUUCACGUCCGACCAGGCUGAUUUCCCAGAUACUCUGUUCAAGGAGUUUGAACCCUCCACCCCGAGUCAGGACUUUGCAGGCUGCCGCCCCAUGAACACUGAAUUGCUCUCCACAGCGUAUCGACAAGGACGGUUACUCUACCACACGUUGGACCUGAUGGGCCAAGCCAAGCCCAGCAAGCACAGGGUGGCUCCCACUGCCCAGCGGGAGAAGAACCCUGUGGUAGUGCUGAAUGAGCUGCGCUCCGGGCUGAGGUACGUCUGCCUCUCGGAGACGGUGAAGAAGCAGAACACCAAGAGUUUUGUGAUGGCAGUGAGAGUGGACGGGAAGACAUUUGAAGGCUCAGGACGUAGCAAGAAGCUGGCCAAAGGUCAGGCGGCACAGGCUGCUCUCCAAGCCCUCUUUAACAUUCGGCUGCCCAGCCACACUCCCAGCAGGAAUAAAAGUCACCUUUUGCCACAGGAAUUUGCUGACUCCAUGUACCAGCUGGUAACACAGAAGUUCCAAGAGUUAACAGUCAACUUAACCUCCGUGCACACACGCCACAAAGCCCUGGCAGGAAUCGUCAUGACCAAAGGCUUGGAUGUCAGGCAAGCUCAGGUCAUCGCUCUGUCAUCAGGCACCAAGUGCAUCAGUGGCGAGUAUAUCAAUGACCAAGGACUGGUGGUCAAUGACUGCCAUGCAGAAAUCGUGGCAAGGAGAGCAUUCAUUUACUUCCUCUACACACAGCUGGAGCUGCACCUAAGCAAACGGCGAGAGGACUCAGAGCGAUCAAUAUUUGUGCGGUUAAAAGAGGGCGGCUACAAGCUGAAAGAAAACCUUCUGUUCCAUCUCUACGUGAGCACAUCCCCUUGUGGAGACGCGAGACUCAACUCUCCCUACGAAAUCACAACGGACCUGAACAGCAGCAAACACAUAGUCAGGAAGUUCCGAGGACACCUGCGGACGAAGAUUGAGUCUGGGGAAGGGACCAUCCCUGUGCGGUGCCACAAUGCUGUUCAAACGUGGGAUGGCGUCCUGCUAGGGGAACAGCUGGUCACGAUGUCUUGCACAGACAAGAUUGCCAGAUGGAAUGUGCUGGGACUGCAAGGCGCUCUCCUCUGCCAUUUCAUUGAGCCCAUUUACCUUCAUAGCAUCAUUGUGGGGAGCCUACACCACACAGGGCACCUUUCCCGGGUGAUGAGUCACAGGAUGGAAGACAUUGGCCAGCUACCAACCUCCUACCAGCACAACCGGCCCCUCCUUAGUGGAGUGAGUAAUGCAGAAGCGCGUCAGCCAGGAAAAUCUACCCCCUUCAGCGUGAACUGGAUUGUGGGUAAUGCAGACCUGGAGAUUAUUAAUGCUACCACAGGGAAGAGAGACUGUGGGGGCUCAUCGAGACUCUGCAAGCAUGUGUUCUCUGCCCGGUGGGCAAGACUUUAUGGUAAGCUGAGCACACGGACACCAAGCCAUGGAGACAUGCCAUCAAUGUACUGUGAAGCCAAGCUAGGAGCUUAUACCUACCAGUCUGUUAAACAGCAGCUGCUUAAAGCAUUUCAGAAAGCUGGCCUGGGCACCUGGGUGAGGAAACCACCAGAGCAAGAUCAGUUUCGACUAACUCUAUAA